AUGGGCGUGGCGUUGAGGAAGGUCGCCGCUCUACCAGCGCUGGGGUGGUGGCUCCUGGUGGUCGGCGCCGUACGCCUCGGCUUUGCCUGGUCCGGCUUCUUCGACGCGCGGGCUGUCCGCGCCGGCGGCUACUCCAACACCCACGUGACUGAUGUGCACGGCCGCACCGUCGGGGCGUGGACGCUCCUGUCGUGCACGCUCUGCUUCAUGUCCGCCUUCAACCUCGACAACGCGCCGCUCUGCGCGGCGACUCUUCUGUCCUUCGUCUACGCCUAUGGCUACUUCGCCGUGGAAUACCUCGUCUACGGCACCACCACCGCGGCGAGCCUCGGCACCCUCGGCAUCUUCGCAGUCCCGUCGAUGAUCUGGAUGGUGAUCCAUUGGAGGCACCUUCUUCGCCAACGCGCUGCCAAGCAGUCAUGA